GCUUUAAAAGUUACUCAACGGCAAAAUACUCUUACUGUUUCCUCAGUUAGUUUUAGUUGAAGUCAAAUCUGAGUGGUGAUCUAUAUUCCCUUGUUUACCAAGUUCUGAUACAUUUGUAUUCUCCUGUCAAUAUAUGUACGUACAGGUGCAAAGCUAAUGGAUCGUGUAGAGGAACCAGAUUGGUAUCUCCAUCCCUCCAACAAGAUGGACUGCAUCGACCUGGUCCCUUGUUCUUCUUCUGAGCAGCCUGUUGAUAAGUUAGUUCAGAUUUGCACAUUCAAAUUGAGAAACCCUCUAAAGAACUCCGAUUCAAGCAUUAUGAAAGCUUGUGAAACCAUGGCUCGAACAUCUGACCAUGAGGAUGCGGACAGAAGCAGACGCUGUCACUGGGAUCAGAGUAUUUGCUUACUGAAUUCAGAAUCUCCAAUAAUAGAGGAAGAUGCCACUUCCAUUGGAACUCUUGAUGAUAGAGCUGUGACAUCAUCCGCAAAGCAGUUGUCACCCUUGCUUGAUGCGACUAAGGACAAGGCUUUUCUAGCAAAGCCUGUUUCUUUUGUUGUUCACCAGGAUCUAGCUUGUUCAAACAAGGAGAUCGGUUCUGGUUAUGUAGGCGUUGCACCUGCAGAGAAAUUACAAGACUUGGAAGUUGCAACAACUGCUGAAAACCAGAUCAGAGAAGUUGAUAAUAUCAGAUCCAUUGGGAUCAAAAGGAAAGCUAGUCGAGACAAAGCAUCAUGUAACUCCCAGAGAACGAAGAAAGGAUGCCAACAGUCCAUUUUUGCUGAUAAACUGCAGAAUCUACAGCUGUUGGAAGAUAAGCAUUUUGAUGAUCCAAAAUGCUUGCAAAUGAAGUUCUUGAGUACACAUGGGAAUCUCCCAUCUAGAUCACAACUGUUGAAGAGAUUCAGCGUGUUUGGGAAAAUAGAUGCGUCAAGAACUGAUGUAAACCCAGAGGGAAGCUCUGCGGAAGUAGUAUUCCUGCAGAGCAUAGACGCAGUGACAACUUAUCAGUUUGUCAAAAAGAUUAAGCUAGGACGGUCUAUGGUAGUGUAUCGGCUCGACGCCUUUGAGGAAGACAGUGGAGUAAACAAAGUUUCUUUAUCUCAAAGGCCUCAAUAGUCUGUUCCAUCACCAGAGGAUCAUGCAACAUGGUUUGGUAGAUAAAGAAGAGGGAAUAAGUCAUCUCAAGGUGAAAUUUCAAAUGGCAAGUAAUUCAUGAAGACCAUUGUUUUCAAUAGUUGUGUGCAUAGCUUGUCCUCUUAUAUAGUAGCCAGGGUAUAUAAAUAGCGUAGAACUUGCAAGUCGUUUUGCCCUGAAGGUUGUAUACAUCUAAGAGAGAAGAGGAGGUGGAGAUUAAUUCAAGGAAUAGCACAUCAUUGGUAGGAGAGGAGAACCUGAACUGUAGUGUUAGAGGAGAUGGAGAGGCAGAGAACUUACAAGAUACAGUUGACGAGGAGGCUGGAGUUGAGACAUCAGAUGGUGAGUGUGAUGAUGGAUGAUGAAGAAAAGGCUGAGGAGUCCAUGAGUAAUAAGAAGGUUGGUUUAAGGAAAAUGACACUAGUGUUGGGCCCGAAUAUGGCCCGGUAGCUGAUUAUCAAAUAAUAGAAGAUGAUGAUGGGCCGCGAUAGGCCCAUCGCGAGUUCAAAACCUAAAGAGAGCUAAGCUAGAGCCGAAGGCUGAAAGUUAAGGAUCCUAACUAAAGAGGUCACGACGAAGAGGAAGCUCACGUCAUAACAAGAAGAAGCGCAGGACCCGGUCAAGGGGAAGCUGUUGCGGAUUCCACCUCAAGCGGAGAAGAUCUCGGAGAUCAGUUGAAGACAACCUAAAGAAGCCCAAGGCUAUUUAAAGAGAAGGUCGAGGACUAAGAAGAGGAUCCGAUUCAACUCAUUUUUUACUCAACAUUCAUCAAAACAUUCUUAUUGUAACACUCUUAUAAUCUUUGUAUUCAUCAAAGAUCACCUUUUGUAACCAUCCCAUUUCUACUAUAUCAAUACAAAUCGAAGUUCAUUCUACAAGUUCUUACGGGAUUCAGCCCGCGAUUAUCUUUCCCUAACCUUUCCUAAACAUUAAACCUGAUCUAAAAUC